AUGCGAGUUCGGCGGGUUUCUGGCAGGGUUCUGCGACGGUGUGUGGGGCUCCGCUGCGUCUCGUCAUCCCCAUUCCCGUUGCCGCCACCAGCGACGACGGUGCGGUCGAAGGGGUACGGCCCGACAAAAGAUCUUCUGAAAGGGGUAGACAUCUCGAAACGACUCGUUGUGGAAACGGAAUUGCAUCCGGCGGAUGCGGAGUUGCAGCGGCGCGUUCUUUCGCUCUCGGCUGCCGACGUGAGCGUCCGCACCCCGCUAGAGGGCGAGGUUAACUUUGUGGACAACGGAGCGAUACCACAACAAGAGGAGAUCGUGUCAAUUUCGUCCGAGCAGUUGGCCUCCGUGGCUACCGUGAUUGUGGACCAGGUGAAGGAGAAACUGGAGCUGAGCAGCUACACCUCCGAGGCGGCUCAAGAUGCCCGCUCGAGUGGUGUCGUGAACGCUGUCGCUGACUGCCUUCGACAGGAGAUGGAGCGUCUCUCCGCCACCUUACAGACACAAGAAGUGUCAUUUUCCCGUAUGUUGGGCGAAAACUCGGAUGUUAUUUGUGCAAGAAUUGCUAGUGUGAUUCAGAAGGAACGUUCACUGGCCGCAGCGAAGUUGAGGAAGACGGAGACCCAGCACCUCUCCUCUUUCACACAGGAGGUCACAUCCGCCGUGGCAAAUUUGGAGACGUCAUUGAAGAAAACUCUGGGGGAAACAAUUGCCGCGAAGAAUAAGAAGAUGGAGCCUAUUUUUGAAGAUGUGUGCCUGCAUGUCGUUGGAGCUAUUGAACAGGCGUCACGCACGCAACAGGAGCAACUUGCUAUCUCCCUCCAAGAUGUACUGGAACGAACCGUCAUAUCCGCCGUUUCACCAGACAAAUCCUUAAAUCUCGAUGCGAUUCAAGGUAUUGUGCAGCAUGCCAUGGAAAGAGUCGUUGAGGGGACACAGAACAAGGUGCAAGAGUUACUGAAGGAUAUAAGAAAACAUUUUAAAGAGUCUACAAUUCCUGUUGGCGAUGCAUCUGACGAGAAGCAGUUAGAGCUGGAAGGGUUGUUGAAUUCAUACGGAGAGCGACUAGAGGAAUUGCGUGAGUCGACAGCCGGGCUUACCGACGUGAAGGAGCUGCUAAUGGAGGUUCACAGUCUCCAGCAGACGAACGAGGUGGCCGUCCAGGAGGUGCGGGACAGCAUAAAGCGACUAAAAAAGGAUUUGAUGGGCGUACUUCGUGGUGCGACUUCUCCUGCUGUCGUUGAGGCAGUGGCAGAGGACAAGAAUGGGAUGUUUGCAGAGUACUGCGACAAGCUGGCCGACGUGGCGGACCGAGUGACAUCAACGGUUGAGCAGCAGCUGAAAGAGCAAUCUUUGGACGUGAAGGAAUUACUGACACAAGUACGGACCCUCGAAAAAAAUUUUGGGGAAACCAAAAAGUCUGCCUUGGUUUCUAUACCUCCCAUGCAAGAACUUGAUGAUGACCGCAUGGUUACUCUGGCGCAGAGCAUCAGCGAUAGCAUUCUUGCCUCCUUGCCGCCACGCGAAGCCCUGCCGAAACCGGCGCCAGCAUUCACAAAGGAGGAUUUGGUGGAGGCUGUGUCGGCAGUCCUCGGCCCAAAGCUAGACGAGUUAGCCGCGGCGGUGGCAAAGAUGGAAACUCCGCGUCCCUCUACGGUUACCGUCUCUGACGUGGAUGAGGGCACAACGGGAUUAGGUGAACAGCAGCUUAUCACGCUUGCCCAGACGAUUGCCGAGAGUGUGCGAGAUGUCGUGCAGGAUGUGGUCCCCGCCAAGGAGUUGAUGGAGUCGCUGACCUCAAGGGAAAACGAUGCGGCCCUAAUGGCACGCCUGGAGAGUUUAAAAGAAACCAUCAUUGCAACCGUGCAAGAGGAAAUGGGACGCACGCACGAGGUCGAUCUCACACCUUUCCAGAACUAUCUGGACCAGGUCCUCGCUGGGGUUCAAGAAGCACUAAGUAAGCAGCAGGAGGCAACGCAAGUUAAAGUUGAGAGUGUGGUCGAAACUCUGCUUGGGCAGCUGAAAAAACAGCAAAAGUUGCUUGUUGAAGAGGAACGGGCUCGCCAACGGUCAAGUGACGACGACGCAAGACCCCCCAUAUUUACAGCCGAGGAACUUGCAACGCUCAACAAUCGCCUUUUGGGAGAAAUCAAUGAAAUGUUGACCAGCAACUCCACUUCAUUGCUUUCAUCACUUGAAGUGGUGCAGCGGGAGGUUCGUGCUACAGCCGAUCGUCUGCCUGAAAAUUUGGAGACACGAUUAUCUUCCGUGGAAAACUCCAUACAUGAGUCUUAUGCAGCAGGGAAAGAUCACAAUGCCAGCGUAAAAACAGCUUUGAAGGACAUCCAGGCAGGCGUUGAAAUCAUUAAAGGGGGUAAUGAUGCGGCUGGGCAAGUUCUUACGUCCAUCAACAAGACGGUGUCUGAUUUGGCACGAUCAAGUACUGCAUCUGUCGAUGGAAUCAAGGAACAGUUAAGCGCCACGGAGAAUAGGACAGAGGCUUUGUACACAAAGAUGACUUCUGAUCUCUCGCGCCACUUCAGUCAGCUCCAAACGGAGGUGCAAGACGGAAGACGACGGAUUGAAGAGCUUAUUUCCUCUAAAGUGGAGUACAAGGGCGUGUCGACAUCCGUGGAGGCAAUGCGGUUGAAACUGGAGGAAGUGAGUCGAUUGCUGGAGAACAUGAAAACUUCAGUGUUCAACUCACCGCCGUCGGAGCCACAACAUCGACCACCACCACCACAAGAACAGCAGCAGCAGCAGCAACAACAACAACAACAAGCUGUGAGUGGAGAAUUCAUUGAGUCGCAGCUUGAAAACCUUUCCGUGGUCACGCAGGAGAUUCUUUCGGAAGUUCAGAAGUAUCGUUCCGCCCAGGAGGCCCCAGCUCCUGCCGAUGCGACUUCUACCAAAGAGAAUUUGGAGGCAAUGGAGGUUCGACUUAACGAGCGACUGCAGGGGCUUUACAGUAAACUUGAUGAAAUGACCCAGGCUGAUGCUGACGCAGCUGCUGUGGGGCUUCCUUCAGAAGAGGUGCCUUCGAAUCAGGGCUCCGUAUCGGAAGACGUCAGUCAACACUUAAAGAAUGUAGACAUUCUUAUCAAACAUUUGCAGACGUCCCGAAGCGCGCAGGUGAAGCAAAUGAGGGAGAAAUUGAUUGUCCUUCGCUCAUUUCUUGCGACGGGAGGUCUCAAUAGAGAGGAGGGGAGUACAAUAAAGACAAUUCUUGAUGCACUGGAUGCGCACAGGCUGAAGCUUAGAGAAGAGGCGGCUGGUGCAGAGGCAGCAUUGGUCAAGGAUGUCAACGAUGCUCUCCAGCAAACUUUAGAGCGUCUUUUUUCAUCAAGUGAGCAGAUCGUUGCUGAAUCAACAAAACAUCAGCUGCAGCAGCUUCAAAGUGACCUUGAUGCCAAGAGUGAAAGAAUCGAGACGCAGCAACGGCAUGUUGCUUCCCAGUUAAAUGAUAGAUUAAACAAUUUAGAGAAAUUACAGGAGGGCCACACUGCGGUGCUUACCAAAGAAAUUCAAAAUGGGCAUAAAGAGUGGCGUGAUGUGCUUGAUCUGGCCAUAAAGCACGAGAUGCCAACAGCUCUUCAAGGUGUUAUUGUGGAAGCCUGUACAGAGCCGCUGCGUUCUGUACGAGAUAAGUUGGAUAAGCGCGACACCCGAGAAGAGCAGAGCGCUGCAACAUUACUCUCGAGGGUCCAGGAGGUGUCGCGGGAUGUUUCCAAAUUGGGUGGCCUCGGUGCAGAAAUGCAGGCAGCAGUGAGCAGAAGCUCAGCGACCAUUAUAGAAGAGAUUCUGCGCACACAAGAAGGGCUUGCGGAGCGCUUUGAAGGACAUGUGUCGACGAUGGUACGAAAGGAAUUUUCCAACGUAUCCUCACAUAUUGUUACGGGCACUCCUUUUUCCACAACAAUGGUAACAACCUCGACGCCGCUCUCGUUGUGGUGGCUAUUCGUGUUGUCAUUUGUUGUUUUUGCCACCAUCAUGGCAUGUGCCUACUUUAUCUUUGCCGCCUUUUUGGUUGCUUUUGUUCCUGUGCCGCCGCCGGAGGAAUUUUUUGCAAAUGCUGGUAUUAAGCCCGUGGGGCCGGAUGAUACGGCUGAUUUGUCUAAGAAAUUUUCAUCCUCUCGCGUGGUGGAUCAGGUAAUGGAAUAG